UUCCAAGCUGCCGACGGCAAAGUUUGGGGGGGGGGAAACACAACUUUGCGGGACGUCAAUGCCGUUAUUGUGUCACUACACGUCGCUGCCCCCGCCACUGAGAUUUGAGCCCCGCUGUUUUCGGUGAAUGCCUUCGGCGCGCUCGGAAAGUGGCCAGUCGCGGCCGCCCCCACCUAAAGAGGAACGCCGUGCGUGCGCGUUGAAAAUCGCCGCAGCGGAGCGCAACGCAGGCGCCACCAGCGUCCGAGCUGCUAAAUAGGGGUGUGUUUGCGCCGCCACAACAUUGGUUAGCCGCUUGUCAAUGUCCAGUCACGUGGUGUCACACGGACGGCCAUGUUUCCGAAACACAAACAAGAGGAGCAGCGACUGGGAGCCAGCAGACACACACUGAUAUACGCAGCAGCGACCGUCGGAGGCGAGGGCGAAAUAAUACAUUGAAAUACACAGAGCACGACUUUCUGAAAGUGCGAUUCUGUCGAAUGAGUACGUCUACGGGGUUCCGAGAGACCAGUGCAAGCGACGCGUUGGCUGUAGGCGCACCGUGCAGACAGCCAGCCCGGUAGCUACAAACAGUGAAGUGGUGCAAAGGGAGGAGGACAGGAAAUAAAGGAGUUACCUGGAGGGUGUCCGUCAAUCCACAUUUCAGUUGGAGUGAGAGGAAAAGGCACGGCGGGAGAGAGAGAAAGGAGUAGAGGAGUGUGUCGCGUCUGCUCUUGGCAGCUGUUCCAGCAGCCGCUUUCAUUGUUUUGGCUGUUAUUUCGUUCCUGCGUUACCUUUUCGAUGAAUCAGUUCAUACUUUUAACUUUAAUGUGAGCUAUAACUGCUGUAGUAAAACAAAAAAAAGGAAGAAAAUAUUACUAGCAAGAGUGUUUUUAUUUCGUUCCAUCGUUGAUUUCCGAGUUUGUUUUUUUUUUGUUUCUUUUUUAUGUUGAACAACCCUUUUCGGCGGUGAGUAGCAGGAGCUUCCAUUCUCCACAAACUAUCGUCGAACUCCCUUCCUUACUUAGUUAGGACCUGAUAACCUGGUAUUCCUCAAGCACCUGAAACUGGCAGCUAUUCUCUUUGUGUCUGUGUGUUUGGGGAGCUCUGUGACCACAGCUUAAGCACCACUCAGCCUUCUAGUCACCUAAGCCUAACUAAAGCCAGCCAGCUCUUGCCUGGUCCAGCCUGCUCCGAUCAUCUGGACAGGAUACUCAGUUCUGUGUGGACGUGAGGAAUAUGACUGCUGAGACUCUUAACUUCGGCCCAGAAUGGCUCCGUGCACUGUCCAGUGGGGGGAGUGUGACGUCCCCCCCUCCUUCCCCCGCCAUGCCAAAGUACAAGCUGGCCGAGUACCGCUACGGCCGAGAGGAGAUGUUAGCACUUUAUAUCAAAGACAACAAGGUCCCAGAGGACAUGCAGGAUAAGGAGUUUGCUGCUAUUCUGCAAGAUGAGCCCAUGCAGCCCCUGGCACUGGUGCCUCUCACUGAGGAGGAGCAGAGGAACUUCUCCAUGUCUGUGAACAGUGUGGCGGUGCUGAGGCUCAUGGGAAAAGGGGUCGGCGGGGCUGCCCCGGCUGGAGUGGUCCGAGGACGAGGGGCCGCACGAGGCGGUCGAGGACGAGGUCGUGGUGAAGGUGGAUUCUACCAAAGAAGUAUUGAAGAGGUGGAGGUGGGUUUCGGCCGCAGUGGGCGAGAGAUACACCGAAGCCAGAGCUGGGAUGACCGGGGUGAGCGUCGUUUUGAGAAGCCGCUGCGGCGGGAGGUCGCGCGUCCUGGCUUUGAAGACCCUGCUGGAGUUCCAGCGGUUCCAGGGAGGAAGGAGUACACAAGGGCUGACAGUGAUAACUGGCGCACCCUCCGGGAGGAACAAGAGGAGGAGGAGGGAGGGGAACCAGGUAGCAGCUGGAGACUUAACGGACCCCGCAGAGAUGAUGGUGGUCCUCGCUCAGCAGGCUGGCGGGAACACGUCGGUCCAGGCGAGAGUCGUCGGAGGAAGUUCGACUUCGACUUCCGGGACUCGGAGGGCCAUGUCGGUGGUCGUCGCCGUGCAGGCAGUGAGGGACUAGAGGACGACAGGGACGGCCUGCCUGAGUGGUGUACAGAUGAGGAGGACGGGGAGAUGGGCACGUUUGACUCCUCUGGAGCUUUCAUGCCUAUGAAGAAGGGUGGCAAGGAGACAAUCCUGGAGGAUGAGUUUGAGUUCAAGGGGAUCGAGGAAGAGGAAGAGGAGGAGAGCCUCACUGACACCGAGAGGAACAGCGCUGAAGGAGACAGAGAAAAAGAGAGUAAUAACUCUGUUGUGGUUGAUGGUGAGGCAAAGCCAGCAUCCCCUUCCUUUUCUCUUCCAACACACUGUACCCCUCCAUCCCUGGAGCUUCAACCCAGCAACGCAGGCCCAGUUGUGGAGAAUACUCAGCUGAGCAACAGCCUCCCUGUCAAGGCCAACAGCAUGCCUGGUGAAGAUGUGGCUCCAUUAGGGGGCAUCAAGACCCAGCUGAGCCCCAGCGCCACAACCUCUUCCAGUCUGCCUCCCCCACCCCCUUCCUCUGCUGCUCCUCUCCUCCCUCCAUCUGGAGGAGACAAUGAGGACGACGAGGGCAUGAAGCACCUGCAGCAGGAGGCUGAGAAGAUGGUGGCGUCACUGCAGGACACCUCUUUGGAGGAGGAGUGUUUCACCCAGGCUCUGCAGCAGCAGCAGGAAAGCAGGAACACAGCAGCCGCUCUACCACUGUCUCAUGAGGCCGCCAUGAAGUGGUUCUACAAGGACCCACAGGGGGAAAUCCAGGGUCCUUUCACCACAGUGGAGAUGUGCGAGUGGUUCCAGGCAGGCUACUUCACCAUGACCCUGCUGGUUAAGCGGGGUUGUGACGAGGGCUUUCAGCCCCUGGGGGACGUCAUCAAGAUGUGGGGCCGUGUGCCCUUCGCCCCAGGGCCCUCCCCGCCGCCGCUGCUUGUGAGACAGCCACCACCGGCGCAGCGCACACAGCCCACCCGGGUGCCCACCGGGACUGGAAACCUGGACCAGGAGCGCCUGAAAAAGCAACAGGAGCUUGCCGCAGCAGCUCUUUAUCAGCAGCUCCAACAGCAGCAGCUAUUCCAGCUCAUUAACAGGUGCAGUGAGCAGGGUAUGAUGCCUUCGAUGAACAGGUCGAUGUCAGUGCCAGAUACAGGGUCCAUGUGGGACAUGCAUACCUCAGCUUCACAGCCGUCAGGCGGUGAAGCCAGUCUUUGGGACAUAACAAUGAAUCCUACUACUCAGGGUCCAACUCUCGAACAGCUUCAAAAGCUCCAGCAGGAGAGGCGAGACGCUGAACUCAGGGCGAAGCGUGAGGAGGAGGAGCAGCAGCGUAAGAGGAGGGAGGAGAAGAGGAGGCAACAGGAGGAACAGAAGAGGAGGGAGGAGGAGGAGCUCUUCAGACGCAAGCAGUGUCGUCAGCAGCAGGAGCUGAUAAUGAAACUGCUGCAGCAGACCCCCCAGCAUCAGGUUGCCGGGGCAGGCGGCUCGGGCUGGAGUGGGGGUUCCUCUUCUGGGCUCACCAAAGCAGGGAAGUCCCAGGCUAUGGCUCUGAUGGAAAUGCAGCAGGAGGCAGAGAGGCUCCUGAAGCAGCAGCAGCAACAGAGAGCCCAGCAGCUGAGAGAGCGCCACUCUGGCAUGUCCAUGGGGAGCUCCUCCAUGGGAGGGCAGUGGGUGGAUGGGGUUGGCAUGUGGGGUGGGCCUGGAGGUAUGGAGGGUAAGAGUGGCAGUGGAAGCUCUUCAAGCAGCAUGGGCAUGUGGGACGAGGCUGUGAAGAACCAGGCCGGCCUGCGUGGCAACACCAACAACAACAUGGGCUUGAAGAACAGCCGCAGCAGCCCGUCACUGAGUGAGCAGUACAUGAUGCGUCGUAAGCGGACGGAGGAGGAGGACAAGCUGCUGAAGCUGCUGCAGGGCAUGAAGCCCCAGGAUGGCUUCACCACCUGGUGUGAACAGAUGCUGCACGCUCUCAACACCUCUGCCAACAACUCCAGCUCCUCUCUGGAUGUUGCCACAAUUGUGGCAUACCUGAAGGAGGUGGAGUCUCCCUAUGCAGUGCUGGACUUCAUCCGGUCCUACCUAGGGGACACAGUGGAAGCCAAAGAGUUCGCCAAACAGUUUCUGGAGCGACGUGCCAAACAGAAAGCCAACCAACAGAGACAGCAACAGCAGUUAUCAAAGGAAGUGGCUGGAUUGAACAUGAACUUCCCUCUGCAGGAGUCGAUGCGAGGUAUGAACCCAAGCACACUGCAGUCCAUGUUUCAAGCCAACCACAUGGGCAAGGCUGGUCUCUACGACAACCAGGGGGGAAAGAUGAAAAAGAAACAGCCCAUGAUGCUGCACUCAGACCCCAGCAUCUUAGGGUACUCAUUCCACAACACGGGCGAGUGUCUGAGCCUGAAUGAGAUGGAGAUGGUGGAGGAUUACUGAUGUGACGCAGCGCAGCAGCAAUAGCUACCUGAGGCCUUCUGUCUUUUAAUCAGACAAACCUGAUGACGAAUGUGCACUGCUGGGGGAACCGGGGUUGGGGGGGGGUGGGGGUAGGAAGGGAGCGUUUGUAUGUGAGAGGGAAGGGGUAGGGUGGAGGCGCCUGGAUCUGUGCCUCCCACUCUUUCCUUCCCUCUGGAAAGAAGAAAAGGGCUCCCUGCUGCACCAGUUGAUCACUUGAGCAGGGGGGAAGGUGGUGAAAUGGGGUGAGGUUAAAAAGAAGAUGGGUAUCCUCUGGCACUCAAAAGAUUAAGCACCUUAUACUGAACUAAUGCACUUUAUUGAGAUGGGAUUUGAAUAGUUUUUUUUCUUUUCGUGUGUGUAUGUGAGAGUGUUUGGAAUCAGUGCACAUACAGUAUGUGUGCAUACACAAUAUCUGUGUGCAUGUGCAUCGGAACUGGAAGGGGGCGGUGAAACAGUCGGUGGGAUGAAUGGUCGGGUUGUUAGGUUUUCAAAGUCAGGGGGACCUUUAGUUGAAACCUUAUCAGAGAGCAAAUCCUUUCUCGAAAGACAAACACUGUUGAUAUUUCUCUUGUUUAGCAUUUUUUUACGUUUAUAUAAAAAGUAAAGCUAUUGAAAAAAUGGAUUAUAAAAAAAACUUGAAGAUUUGCACUUGCCUAAAAAAAGAAAUAACAAAAACAACAAAAAAAUCAAACAAAUGGGGAUAGUUAUAGAAGUGAAUAUUUUUUUGUGAAUGUGUAUGAAUGACUGCGGCGAGAGUGACUGACGUGAGAUGGAUGGUUUGUGUCAGUGAUAUACCUGCACAAUUUUUCUUUUUCUUUUGUUGCUUACCAAGAUGUAUGAAACAUAAGAGGCCAUUUUGUCUUUUUUUUUGUUUGUUUAAAUGGUAAUUUUGUAUUCUCAUGUUUAGAGCAUGUGUGUGUGCGUGCGCGUGCGUCCCUUCUCCAAACAGGGACUCGGAUCUCCAUGUUUUGAGAGAGUAUGAAUGAGAGAGAGAGGGCAAUUGCACAACACAUCCUUUCUCUCACCAGCUCUUCAUCCCCAGAUAGACGAAUUAGAAAUGCAUACAUUUGUAAAUGUCAGCUUUUGCGCUCAUAACAUGAUGACCACCACUAGUUUAUUUCCCUUAGCUUCUCCCCAUGGGGAGCUGUCUCUAGACCUGUGAGGACUUGUAGACAGGGCGAAUCAUGAGGGACAUUACUGUGUGUGCUUCCGAAUGAGACUGUGUGUGUGUGUCUUUUCAGAGUGCAUGUUCAUUUACUGUUCAUAGAAAUGAGUUGAGACUACAGGUACUCAUUUUGAAUACAUGGGCUUUUUUUUUCUUCUUUGGUAUGUGUAUGAAUGCACAUUUGUGCCUAAGAACUUGGAUCGAGUGCGUGGCCAUUGAGACAUUAACUCUUUUUUGAGAGCAGGUGUGACGUGCGUCAGUGCUCAGCACAGUGUAUGUAAAGUAUGUAAGUUUGCAUCGUAAAUAAUUCUAGUUCAGUCUAGGGGUGAUCCAUCAGAAGUUUAGUCCAGUGUGUUUUCCUGGGGUGUGAUCACGUUGCCUUUUGUCAGCUCUCGAACUUGUGAAUGAAAGGUGUCGAGUUUCUGACUCUGAAAAAAAAAAUAUAUAUAGCAUCUUAAUGUGCAAGUGCACAAGACGGUGCAUGAAAUGUUA